AUGACGUCCGAACCCAUAGAUGACUUAGAUUUCCCGCCUCCUUCUCCGCAUAGCUCACGUCGCCGCCGGUCAGAGAUGAUAUACGAUGUGGAAGAAUAUCUCAAUGAGAUAGAAAGCCUCGAUGGAAAACGUCGUGCUGUUCUAUCGGAAAUGGAUAAUGCCGACUUUAGCUGGUUUCAUAUACGCACCUGCAUAGUCUCUGGGGUAGGAUUCUUCACCGACGCUUAUGACCUAUUCGUUAUCAACUUUGUAACAGCAAUGCUGGGCUAUGUUUAUUACCAAGAGACACUACACACUCUACCCACAAAUAUCGAACUAGGUUUAAAAAUGAGUGCAGCAAUUGGAACUUUCAUUGGACAAUUAUUUUUUGGUUGGUUGGCUGAUCAUCUAGGAAGAAAAAGGAUGUACGGUAUAGAACUUAUGAUCAUGAUAGUCGCAACCAUAGGAUCGUGUCUCUCAGCGGAGGCAUUUGCUAUAAAUAUAUGUGCCAGCCUGAUAUUCUGGCGAGUAAUACUCGGUAUUGGAAUUGGCGGAGAUUAUCCCAUGUCUGCAGUCAUAACAUCUGAAUUUGCAACGAAAGCCCGUCGCGGCGCCAUGAUUGCUGCAGUUUUUGCAAUGCAAGGCUUUGGAAUUCUCACUGCAGGAGCUGCUGACGAUGUUUCAAAUAUUAUGAAAGGGAAAUAUAUACAAAAAGAUGAAGAUAUACAUGAACUACCAUUCAAGCCAGUAGUACCAAAGCAUAGUUGGAAGGAUUUCAGAGAAUAUUUUGGACAAUGGGAAAACGCAAAGGUUCUACUUGGGACUAGCAUAUCAUGGUUUAUGCUUGACGUCGCAUUCUAUGGCAUUGGGCUUAAUAAUUCAAUCAUACUAGAUGCCAUUGGAUUUUCUCAUUCAGAUGAUCCAUUUAUAUCAUUAUGGAAUAUCAGUGUUGGCAAUAUUAUUAUAACUAUGAUCGGAACAGUGCCUGGAUAUUGGUUUACUGUGUUCUUUGUGGAUAAAUUGGGAAGAAAGUUUAUACAGUCUAUGGGAUUUGCAGUGUUGACGGUGCUAUUUGUUAUACUUGGAUUUGCAUAUAAUUCUAUUGUCAACACUUCCACUGCAAUAUUCAUAACACUAUUUGCACUUGCUCAGUUUUUCCAAAACUUUGGACCAAACAGCACAACGUUUAUUGUUCCUGGUGAAGCAUUUCCCACAAGAUAUAGAUCAACAUGUCAUGGUAUUUCAGCAGCAUCAGGGAAAUUGGGUGCCAUUAUUUCACAAAUUGGAUUUCUACAAAUGAAAGACAUUGGUGGAUACAACAAGUUUGUCGAUAAAGUUAUCCUUAUUUUCUCCCUCUUCAUGUUCUUGGGAUUUCUUGUCACAUUCUGGAUACCAGAAACUAGUAAAAUGUCUUUAGAAGAAUUAUCUAAUGAACCACAGCUUGGCUUUAUCAGGGGACCUAAUAAUAAUAGUAAUAGAUCUGAAAAAAAGUCAAGACCUGAGGAUAAUGGCGCAGGCGUUAUGGAAAUGGCUAGUAGCUCUACUAGUGGCAGCCAGUGGGGAAUAGCAUAUUAG